AUGGAAAAUAUCACAGGCUGGAUGGCACCAGGAAGCAAAGAUGAAAGAAGAACAAAUACAGUCGUUGCUCAACCGGAAAUUGCCAACACUGUGGAUAGAUUGCACGUCAAGGAACCUUCUCCUUUUCGGUUCACAUGGAGAAUUGACAGAUUUUCUCAGAAGAAGUUGAAAAAGAAAAAGGUCUAUUCAGAUGUGUUUGAAGUUGGGGGUUCUAAAUGGCGUCUACUUAUUUUCCCAUAUGGGAACAAUGUCGACUUUUUGUCCGUGUAUUUAGCUGUUGCAAAUUCAUAUAGUUUGCCCUGUGAUUGGAGUAGACAUGCAAACUUUAGCAUGAAAGUAGUUAAUCAAUACUAUUAUUACCUAUCUAAGAGAAAAGGUAGCCUAUUUAAUUUGUUACUUAAAUUGUUACACGAUGAACUACGAUGCAUGUAUGUUGAGCAUAGUUUCAUGAAGCACCGUUUCAAUGAACGAGAAAGUGAUUGGGGUUUCAGGUACUUCAUACCUUUCGAUGAAUUGUAUAAUCCUUCAAGAGGGUAUCUUGUGAAUGAUACUCUUGUAGUUGAAGUUGAAGUUGAAGUAACAUGUAGUGUUGAUGAGAAAGAAGAUGAAGACCUAUACACUUAUAUAAAGGUGGUACAAGAUGAAGACCUUGUAGAACAGAUUGGAAAUUAUAUAUUUUUUGAUCUUGUAGACGAUGAAAAAGUGAGGAGUUUCCGUGUUCAAAAGAAGACAACCUUUUACAUUUUCAAGGAAGAGGUUGCUAACGAGUUUGGCAUACCAGCUCAAUUCCUGCGCUUUUGGCUAUGGGAAAAGCGUCAAAACAAUACAUAUCGUCCUUCAAGGCCAUUGACACAAAUUGAGGAAGCAGGACCUGUUGGACAAUUUAAUACGGUGUUUUUGGAAGUGGAGCAUGGGCCGGGUUUUCGUCUCAUCACACCACUCAAUAAGCGCAAUGAUGAUAUAUUACUUUUUUUCAAGUUAUAUUAUCCUGAAAAAGAAGAGCUACGUUAUGUUGGAAAGCUCUUUGUGAACCGUACUGAUAAGCCACCAGAAAUCUUGACAAAGUUAAAUAAAUUGGCUGGAUAUGAUCCUGAUGAAGAGAUUAAUCUUUUUGAGGAGAUUAGGUUUUCGCCAGUUGUCAUGUGUGAACCUGUUGACAAGAAAUUAACAUUUCAACAAAGCGAGGUAGAAAAUGGUGAUAUUAUAUGCUUUCAAAAAGCUUCUGCAAUGGAUAAUGUGAAACUUUUCCGCUAUCCUGAUGUGCCUUCAUACUUAAAAUAUGUUAGCAAUGAACGAUCAUCGGCUUUUUCUUCAUCAGGCAAAGAAUCUAAAGAUGAACAAUCAUCGGAGGAGCAAAACAAAAACAUUAUAGACUUUCAACAAACAAAUUGUAACGAAAACACCGAUGCUCUAGAGUCAAAAGUGAAAAUCGAGACCAUUGAAAAAAUUGAUGCUAUGGUAGAUGAGGAUGUCAUUGUUGCAAUUGACAAAGUUUUAUCAGAAUGGAUUACCAUUUCAUUACAAUAUCAGCCUUCUAACGGAGGGCAAGAAAAAGUCUCAAAACUUCUUCAAGAAUUGAGGAAUAUCGCCUUUAAAGAAGACUUGGUUAAAAAAUUUAAAGAAGGUCUCGUCGUUCAUGAAGUUAACUUCAAUGCAGUCAAGGAAAAAAUUGACGCUAAUGAUGACUUGUUUUCCUCUCACCAAUUAGAACAAGUCAGCGUCGUUGUCAACCUUCUCAACAAUAUUGUGAGGGUGUUUGAGAAACUUGAAAAGUUGAAAAAAGAGCGAGACUCGGCUAAGAAGAGCAUUGACCAAGAUAAAGAAGCAUUGAAGGAGACAAGACAGAAAAUAUUGACCUCAAAGACUUCUUUCACAAACCACCAAACCGAAUUCGACUCUCUUGAUGCUCAGAUUUAUGAUCUUAAAGCGAAGCUCGAAGAACUCCAAGGUGAAAGGGCCAAAAUUGCUGAGGUUCAAGAUCAAGAGAAAGAUAAGAUAACAUCUUUGAACAAAGAAGUUAAAUCCAUUUUACAUCGCCUCGUUGAUGAUCAAAUCAAGUUGAAAAAUGUUGUAGUUAAAAUUGUGGAGGCUGAAACUAAUUUGCAAAACCUUGAGAAGCUUUACCAAACCUUCAAGAAAUUCCCUCCAUUUUGA